ACAAAAUAUUGGUUAAAAUAAUCUACGUCGCAACUUUUUUCAUCCGACUGACUGGACGCUUGUUAGAAACGCUUGAUCAAACAAAUGCUUGGAAAUGGAAGACGAAAUUGAAAGACAAGAAAUACAAGAAGAGGAGAAGACUGCCAGGCUGUCACUUCAUUUGAUUUGUAAACGCCAUCUCCCAACAGAAGCUCAGAAAGGGGACCAGGAUGAAAUUGUUGAAGCUUUAAAUCAAAUAACACAUCUAAGGUUAGACAGAGAAAGGAUAGGGGAGAUUGACAGCCUAGAAUUACUGGGUGACAUGUGCACAAAUAUUUACCUACAGCAUAACAGAAUAGAGAAGAUACAGAAUUUAGAAUGUUUAAAAAACGUUACAUUUAUAACACUUGCAAAUAACAGAAUACGGGAAAUAGAGAACCUAAGACAUCUACGGAAACUUGUCUUCCUAGAUUUAUCAGAGAACCAGAUAUCAGCAGUAGAUAAAGAUGAAAUACCAUCAAGUGUGAUCAUCUUGAACUUGCAGGGAAAUCCAUGCACUAAAUAUCCUCACUACAGAUUAAACAUGAUUCGUGAUGUGCCUAAGUUAAAGCAGUUAGAUUUAAGUGCAAUAUCUAGCAGUGAGAAAAGAGACGUAGGUCUAGAAGCAUCAAGUGAUGAUGAUGAUGAUGAUGAUGAGGAGGAAACAGUUGUGAAUAAAGUGAAAGGAAAUUAUGAGAGUUUCCAGACAAUAUCUGCUGAGAUGAUGUUAAGAUCACAGAGGAGGGCUGAAGAUGCCCUACAGAAACAUAAGAUUCAUACAUCACAGCUAGAUGACCUUAGAAUCAGCUGGAAUGUACCACCAAGUUCAAGGUCAACUGCAAGGUCAAAUGUAUUGUGAAAUCAAUAUACACCACAUGGUUAAGGUCACUGUAUUGAGUAAUUUUGAAUAAGGUGUUAUGUAUAUGUGGAAGGUCGAGUUCUACUAAAUACUAAGAUCCAAAGAGAUUAAAUGGUCAAAGAAAGAGGUUGUAGUAGGUCAAACCUAUCAUUCA